GUGAGUGCAGUUCGUUCUGUUGUCCAGGCGGCUGCGCGUGCUGCCGUGCUCGGCUGCAGUAUAUAAAGGCGGUCAGCGGUCAAAGCCCACACAGCCGCUGUCAGCGUUACGGGUUUUUUUUUAUUUUUUAUUAUCACGCCGGAGUAGUUAGACUCUCCUUUUCACCGCCGGCAUCCGCGUCCCCUCAGUACCCGGAGGAGAGGGGGUCCAGCGCGGCGUGACACCGCGAGGAGCGACCAGCAUGGACCCCCAAGCGAAGGAUCGCACCAGCCCGGCGGCGGGGGGCUUAAGCGGGCGCCCGGCCUCUCUCGGAGCUGACGGGGGUGACUCGGAGUCCGGAGCCGGCUCGGAGGAGGCUGCCGUGGGCUGCUGCAGCGACACGUUCAGCAGCCUGCCUGACAUGGAGCAAGAGACUCUGGAGGAGAAAUUAAGGGGACUGGCGUUCAGAAAACAGACGUCGUAUCGGAAAGCGAUCUCCCGCUCAGGCCUCCAUUACCUCGGCCCACCUCAGCCCUCGCUUCCUCCUGCGUCCAACGGCCCCACCAAGGAACUACGUACCUGCGUGGACUGGACGGAGAACGCAUUGAACGGGGAUCACCUGUGGAUGGAGACAAGCUGCUCAGGAGAGCUCUGUUAUCUCGGAGAGGACACCUGCGUGCUAAAGACAGCUAAGUCGGCCCCCAGGAGGAAAUGUGCAGCCUGUAAGAUUGUUGUUCACACCGGCUGCAUGGAGCAACUAGAAAAGAUAAACUUCCGAUGUAAGCCGACUUUCAGAGAGGGAGGAUCCCGAACCCUGAGAGAUAACAUCCUCAGACACCACUGGGUUCACAGACGACGACAAGAGGGGAAAUGUAGACAGUGUGGAAAGAGUUUUCAGCAGAAGUUCUUCCACAGUAAAGAAAUCAUCGCCAUCAGUUGUUCGUGGUGUAAACAGGCCUUCCACAACAAGGUGACAUGUUUCAUGCUGCACCAGAUAGAGGAGCCGUGUUCACUGGGGGCCCACGCCGGAGUCAUAGUACCACCGUCCUGGAUCAUCAAAGUCAGGAAACCACAGAGCUCCCUAAAGAACUCUGCCAGAAGAAAAAAGCGGACAUCUUUCAAACGAAGGACAAGCAAGAAGGGAUUAGAUGAGUCUAAAUGGCGUCCAUUCAUGCUGAAGCCUCUCCCCUCUCCCCUCAUGAAGCCCAUCUUGGUUUUUGUGAAUCCAAAGAGCGGCGGCAACCAGGGUGCCAAAGUGUUACAGAUGUUUAUGUGGAUCUUGAAUCCUCGUCAAGUCUUCGACCUUUCGCAGGGUGGACUGCGCGAGGCGUUGGAGUUGUAUCGCAAAGUGCCAAAUCUGAGGAUCCUUGCCUGCGGAGGAGAUGGCACGGUGGGUUGGAUCCUGUCUGCUCUCGAUGAGCUGCAGAUGAAUCCCCAGCCUCCGGUCGCUGUGCUUCCUCUGGGAACAGGAAAUGACCUCGCCAGGACGCUCAACUGGGGUGGGGGCUACACGGAUGAACCAGUGUCCAAGGUUUUGUGUCAUGUGGAGGACGGUUCGGUGGUGCAGCUGGACAGGUGGAACCUCUUAGUAGAAAAGAGCUCCGCCCAGCCAGAGGAGGGCACACAGAAGCUGCCCUUGAACGUGUUCAACAACUACUUCAGCCUUGGCUUCGACGCGCACGUCACCCUGGAGUUCCACGAGUCCAGAGAGGCCAACCCAGAAAAGUUUAACAGUCGCUUCCGCAACAAGAUGUUCUAUGCAGGAGCUGCGUUCUCAGAUUUCCUCCAGAGGAGCUCCAGGGAUUUGUCCAAGCACGUCAGAGUGGUGUGUGAUGGCACAGAUCUCACUCCCAAGAUCCAGGAGCUGAAGUUCCAGUGCAUAGUGUUUCUAAACAUUCCCAGAUACUGUGCCGGCACCAUGCCAUGGGGAAACACGGGAGACCAUCGAGACUUUGAACCUCAGCGGCAUGACGACGGCUGCAUCGAGGUUAUCGGCUUCACCAUGGCCUCGCUGGCAGCACUGCAGGUUGGAGGUCACGGAGAGAGACUUCACCAGUGCAGAGAGGUCGUCCUCACUACCUACAAGACUGUACCUGUUCAGGUGGACGGCGAGCCAUGCCGACUGGCUCCAUCCACUCUCCGCAUCUCUCUUCGAAAUCAGGCCAACAUGGUCCAGAAGAGCAAGAGACGCACCUCUGUGCCCCUGCUCAACGAUAUUCAGAAGGUGUGUGCAGCUGAUCUGCGCCGCCUCUCUGCUCCCCCCGACUCCUUCUCUGUUCCUCACGCAGUUCCAGAUCGUCUGCGUCUUCGAGUGAACCGGAUCAGCCUCCAGGAGUACGACAGGCUGCAGUAUGACAAGGAGCGGCUACGAGACAUAUCCAUCCCUGUUGGCAUAGUGGUGGUGAGGGGGGACUGUGACCUGGAGACCUGCAGACUUUAUAUUGACAGAUUACAAGAGGAUUUACACCAGGCACCAUCUACUGGCCACAGAGUGCACUACCAGGAUGAAAGCAGAGGUGUCCCCCGGACCAGUUCAACCAGCAGACUGUCUCCCAACUGGAGCUUCUUGGAUUCCACGUCAGCCGACCGCUUCUAUCGCAUCGACAAGGCUCAGGAGCAUCUGCAUUUCGUGACAGAAAUCUGUCAGGAUGAAGUGUUCAUCCUGGACCACGAAGCUCCAGUGCUGAGCCAGGGCUCGUCUGCGGGGAUGCCUGAUCUGGUGGUGGAGCCCACUGCCGGCGCUCCGUUGACAUCAGACGAACAAGCUCUGCUGACAGCUGCAAGUUCUGGGGACCUCUCCACGCUCUCACAGUGUGUGGAUCGAGGCGUCAAUUUGUUGGUCCGAGACUCUGGGGGUUGUUCAGCAUUGCAUUUAGCUGCUCAGAGUGGACACGCAGACCUGGUCCGCUACAUACUGCAGCAAGGCUCCAAGGUUCUUCUGGAUUUAACAGACACAGAGAGAGGUGACACUGCAUUGCACAAAGCAGCAUCAGGGAAGCAGCACGCAGUGUGUCGACUACUGGUCGAGGGCGGGGCGUCACUAGAGAAGACCAACUUCCAGGGGAAGACGGCGGCAGACCAAGCCGAUGGAGAUGCUGAGCUCACCGCCUACCUGAGCUCAUCGUCCGCGAGCCACGAAGACCUGGAGACUGCCGUGUGAUUGCGAACACGCUCGCGCACUCUGUGUCGCUCUGGACUCUGCGCACGCUCGACGUGGAGAGGAAAACGUUUGGAUUCGACUCUUCGGGCGGAGAAGUUGGAGACGAGCCAGAAGAGAUGAACUGCUUCAGCUCGCAGCAGCACUGCAGAGGAGAUUUUACUGGUCUACUAUUUAUUUGUAUUUAUUUAUUCAUAUUCUAUUUAUUGGUUGUGCCGAUUGAGUGAAUGACUGAUCGUAGGACUAUCAGGAUGCAAGUGCAAUUGGACCAGCCGUCACACGUCGUGAGUUCACCUGUUUCUCAUCUUAUAAGGGAUUCAUGCAUAUUUUACUCCAUGAGACUUCUGCAGUAGUUUAAAGUGUAUAAAGUGUCAUUUCAGCGCUCGUAGGAACAGUAAAAGUUUUUGUUUGUCCCUUAAAACUUGUGCCAAAGACAUUGCACUAGCGUAAUGUCACAUCUCGUCCCAAAUUUCAGUCAUUUUCCCAUCAUCUGUCACAUAGUUUGAUUUCCACGCCUUCCCUAAACUUUCUUACUCCCAUGUCAUUAAAUAUGCAACAAUAGCGUUUGCAAUCACGUGCUGCCCCCUAAGUCACGCAUCACACAAUAAAACAAACAAAACGAACAUAUCCUCCCCGGGUGCGCUUGUCCUGAAGCGCUUGUAAUGUUUUCCUGCUUUCGGCUUGUGGCGAGUCCCGACUCAACGCCACUUCUUAUCUUAUCGGAGUCGUUGCUUCGCCGUGACUCAUAAAAAUGACAAAACGCUUGUCAGAUGAUUCAAAAAUCAUCUCCACAGACCUUUCUGACUCUUUCAAGCAGCCGAUUACUUCCAGGAACACUCAGUUUUUAACUACAGCUUUUUCUCCAAGUACAAACAAAACGUGGAACAAGUGACCGAGUGGGAUCAUUUAUGACUCCAGUCAUAUCUGUGUAUGUGCUGCUGUGACAAUUUUAUAACCAAUUAUGACUCGGAUUGUAACAUUUAAUAGAUUUUUAAUUAAAUAUGUCUGUUUUUAAGCAUUAUAAGCUUUGAUUUUACUGGAAAUGACCAUUUCUAAUCACUACAUUGUAGAAAGGCAUGUACGCUAUAUGGACCAAACAUAAGCUACUCAGCCAUACAGCUGAAAGACUCUGUUAUAUUGGGACAUUAUACACAUAAAAGAAACAUUAUGAAAUCAUAAGUGAUCCCACCUGGUUGUUUCAGUAGCUAAAAUCUCUUGUAGAUAACAAAAAGCAGCAUUUUUUGGCUCUUUCUGGGAUCCCAGAGAGUACAAAUUUAACGGAAUAAUCACAACAGGAACCAUAAGCUCAUUAGCUGAUGGAAAAUAAAUCACAUUUGUGUCAUAGAAAUGCCUAAAA